AUGUCUCUACAUCAGCCAAGCUUCUUUCCGACAACUGCACUAGACCAUGCAGCAGCAGGCCUCGGAGCAGGCGUCGUCGCCGUCCUAUGCAUGCACCCUCUUGAUCUUCUCAAAGUCAAGCUACAGGUAGCUACAAAAAGCCCGCAGGGUGGAAUUGGAAAAGCAAUAUGGAACUCUUUGCGUGACAUACAUGCAAGUGAAGGGUGGAAAGGACUGUACCGAGGCGUAGGACCAAAUAUUGCGGGAAACGCGUCGAGUUGGGGGCUCUACUUUCUUUUCUACAACAUGUUGAAGAAGCGUGCAUCCGGAGAUGACCUAAAUUAUAGGAUGUCCCCCGGAGCAUACCUACUUUGUUCCGCUCAAGCGAGCGCUGUUACAGCUAUAAUGACCAACCCCAUAUGGGUUGUGAAAGUGCGUAUGUUUACGACGCGUGCCGAUUCACCGACGUCAUAUCGUAGCCUCUCAGACGGCAUUGCUUCAAUAUGGAGGCAAGAGGGUUUUUCUGGCCUAUGGAAAGGGACUAGUUUGGCUUUGAUUGGUGUGGGCAACGGCGCGGCGCAGUUCAUGGCAUACGAAGAGAUGAAACGAUGGGGUUUCGAACAAAAACGAAAACGGUUUGCAAAGGCCGGAAAGGUGAUGGGGCCGGAGGACGAUAAGCUCUCAAACACGUCUUACACACUAAUGUCUGGUGCUAGCAAGCUCUGGGCUCUUGCACUUACUUAUCCAUAUCAAGUCAUUCGUUCUCGAAUACAGAACAAUGCCACUGCUCACUUAUACCCUGACAUACCGACCACCAUCAAACGCACUUGGCAAGGCGAAGGGAUUCGUGGGUUCUAUCGUGGGAUGGGAACCAACCUCGUACGCGUUCUUCCUGGAACUUGCGUUACUUUUGUUGUAUAUGAGAACCUUGCAUGGUUGUUACGGACAUCUGCGACGCGAAGGGAAGCAAAAAGACGAGACAUGACUACCGGGGAGGAUUGA